AUGUUUGCACAAGUCUCUGGCACGGGAUAUGCGCCUGGUGUUCUCUUUGCUGAACGUGCUCCUGCUCAGGACGCUCCAGCAGACGGUCCUGUCACCUCUACUAUCUACAGUACUGAUAUUACUACCGUCACGUCUUGUCCGCCAGACGUGCAGAGCUGUCCAGCCAGCUCGACAGUCGUCUCAACUUCACUAGUGCCCGUCAGCGUGACAGUUUCUUCUUCUGCUGCCACUGCUACUGCGGUCGACUACUUCAGCUAUUGUGGUGGAUACUUUGAGGAUUCACAGAGCCCUCCAGAAAAUUACAGCGUCGAUUGCACGAGCGACUACACGACUGUAGGCAUUACAACAGUAACCAGCUCUCGAAACCUGAAUGUCUGUGUCAACACAUGUAGUCAGGUGGCUGGGUGCUUGGCUGCCACCUGGCUCCAGAACACUCUAGAGUGUCGUUUGCACAAUGCGAACGAUCUUUCAUCGACCACUCCAUUCCCUCCUGGCGUCAUCGGAUACAGAGCUACCAGACUGACAAAUCCUGGUGGACCUCUGACAAUCACCAUCUACAGUACUGAUGUUUCAACCGUCACGUCUUGUGCUCCAGACGUCACUAGCUGUCCGGCAAGAUCGACUGUGGUCUCGACGACGCUCAUCCCGAUCAGUGUCAGUGUUAGCAGUCCCUCCAGCACUGUUGUUUCUAGUGCUGCUGCGUCUAGUACAUCUUCCGCGGCAGUAGCUGCGUCUAGCACAUCAUCAGCACCAGAAUUCGUGACAAGCACAAUCUACAGUACUGGCCUGACUACGGUCACUUCUUCAAGUUCGACUGUCAUCUCUACCACACUCAUUCCAAUCGGUGCCAGUGUUAUCACAGAAAGCUCGUCCGAUGGUGGCCGCUCAGGAACUGCAUCUACCACUAGCUCGAGCGUUGUGAGCGUCGUAACUUCGACGAUCUAUAGUACGGACCUCACUACUAUCACCUCCUGUCCGCCAGGAGUCGCGAGCUGUCCUGCUAGUUCAACAAUCGUGUCAACUUCGCUUGUACCCAUCAGCGUGACGAUUUCAACACUCUCUUUGGCAUCUUCCACGAGCUCCAGCGCUGUGGGUGUGAUUACUUCAACAAUCUACAGCACUGAUUUGACUACCGUCACUUCGUGUCCUCCUGACGUUGUUAGCUGUCCGGCCAGCUCGACGGUCAUCUCUACCUCGCUCGUUCCGAUCAGUGUCAGCGUCUCGACUGUGCUCACUGAGUUUUCUACUUCAUGGUACACCACUUGGUCAGGUACUCCGUUCUCUACUGCUUCAUCGACUGCAUAUUCGUCUGCCUACUCGAGUGGUUUCUCGUCCGCGUUCUCUUCGGCCUAUUCCUCAGCUUACUCUUCUGCAUAUUCCUCUGCCUUCUCCACUGGUGGCUCUAUGGCAUUCUCAUCGGCAGCAUCCAGCGCAACAUCGUUCGCUGCAUCCUCUGGCGCAUCCUUUGCAGCUUCUUCUGCCGCUUCAUCGGCUGCUUCAAGCGUUGCCUCUUCUGCUGCAUCCUCGUUCGUGUCUAGCGCAGCCUCUUCUGGUGGCACUGGAUUUGCUUCUUCGACAGCUACUUCUGGUGCAGCAUCCACUUUUACACCCAGCGGCGCUACUGAUGGUCGCUCAGGCACUGCCAUGCCUCCGACUUCGACGUCUUCAUACUACACUGGUCCCAGUAAGUCUUAUGAUCUUGUUUCGUCUGGAAUUACACUGACAUCGGCUUUAGUCACGAUUACCGUUCGUCCAUCCACUUGUCCUGUCUUACAGACAUUGACCACUACUGUGUUCACGACUGGCUACGUCAGCUCAUGCGCUCCCGAUUUUAUUUGCAGUAGCAGCAGUCUCAUGUGA